AUGAAGAUCCUUUACCUGCUCUUUUCUCUCCUCUUCUUGGCACUUCAGGUUUCUCCAGGUUUGUCUUCACCCAAGCGGGACAUGUUAUUUUGUAAAAGAGGGACCUGUCACUUUGGAAGAUGUCCCUUCCAUCUGGUUAAAGUUGGAAGUUGCUUUGGGUUCCGCUCCUGCUGCAAACA